AUGCUGAUGACUCAAGCUCUGGAUGACGAAUCGCAUCUCUUAUGGAGCAGUAUUCUUCGCAGGCCUUCUCGAUCCGGAGACACAGGGGGUGAGGCGGCCCUUCAGUUCACGCGUUCAGAGCUAAAGAAUUGCCGAGACAAUCAUCCAGAAUGCAACUUGAACGAGGCGGGCUGGGGACUUCCAACCAGGGUUUUGGACCUGGGAGAAACCCAGAAUGAAUUCACAUCAGACAUUAAACUAUAUGUGACGCAGAAUGAGACAGAAACAUACGUCUGCCUCAGUUACUGCUGGGGCUCUGAAAUGGGGUCAAAACCCUUGGAAACAACGGUUGAAAGGCUGCACCGGUUCCAACUGAGUAUCUCUUAUGAAAUACUCCCAAAGACGUUCCAAGAUGCUGUUGUUUUCACACGCAAGCUAGGAUAUCGAUUCCUCUGGAUUGACUCUCUGUGCAUUAUUCAAGAUGAUAGCGAGGAUUGGCUCAGGGAAGCGGGACGCAUGGCCAGUAUAUAUGAAAAUGCGGUCCUGACACUUGCUGCGGCUUCAUCUCAAGAUACCAAGGGCGGACUGUUUCGCGAAUCAACUCCUGGAGUAGCUCUCGGUCAUAGCAACCAGGGGAAAAUACAACCUGCACUUCGUCGAUUCUCAAAUCCAGCAUUCUUUGAAUACGGUCGUCUUCAACCUGUCCGAGAAAGGUCCAGGUCGGAGGAAAUCUCUCCACUGAUGAAGCGCGCCUGGAUCUAUCAAGAACGUAUGCUUUCUGGUCGAGUCUUGUUCUUCACGCCCCUAGAGCUGGUUUUUGAAUGCCGGGUGUCUAAUACUACUGAAUCUGGCUACCCGUGGAUUGAUUCUCGACCUAAACAUGCAUUCACCUCAGUUUACAACCAAAAAUGCUCCAAAGAUUUACUAUUAAUGCUUUGGCGCAAAAUGGUCACGGAAUAUACCCAACUCCUGCUCACUCUCAACAAGGACAAGCUGUCUGCCAUCGCGGGUAUUGCGACAAGGCUUUUCAAACGAUUAGAUGAAGGGCAUUCUAUGAGCUACUUUGCGGGCUCCUGGAAAGAAACUUUCAUCGAGGAUAUGCUUUGGGAGCCCUCAUCUCGCAUUGUUAACAACCCUCCACGAGUCAAUGAGUGUAUUCCAACCUGGUCCUGGGCUCGAAGCGACCGACCCAAAACCUACAAUAAAGGGGAUAAAGAUAUGAAGGCUCUUUGCCAGCUAGAAGAGGCAGCGUGCAUGCCUCUUGGUUCCUCGAACAAUGUCUUCACGGGAGUUAGUUCGGGCUAUGCCGUACUGUCAGGGUACCUACUCCCAGCAAAGAUGACGGAAACGGGCAUUGUGAUCGACAAAAACCCAAGAGUGUGCCAUCUCCCAGAAAGGGACUACGACUGGAAUACUGAUGGGCCGGAGAAGAUCAGUGAUGGAGAUGAGAUUUUUAUUCUUCCGUUGAUGAGCUCGCAGAAAACAGAGCAUGAGAUUCAGGUUCAUGCCCUAGUUCUCCGACGUUGUAGCUCCGACGAUGCUUUCAAGCGAAUCGGUAUUUUUGGAUUGCCAAUUUCCGCCCACUAUCUUGAAGGUCAUCAGUACAUCUUUGAAGGAACGGACGUGUGUCUAGAGAUGUACAGGAAGCUCGUUAUGUAUGGAAAGUCGCUUCUGGGACAGGAUGGCCUAUAUCAGACUUCGGAGGAGGAAAGGUCAGCGAACCCCCGUUGGCUUUCACCUGAAGCAGAGAAUUUGCGAAGCGAUUUCUUUAUGCAAGCUCAAUACCGUCAUCUGUGUAUGUACGGGCCUAAAUCGAAGGAAGAUCUCAAAGCCUUCCUCGGCCAAACGCACGUUGACGUGCUGGAGGCUGCGAUGAAUGAUGAGCGGGAUAGAGUCGAGGAAUGGGAGCGUCGAAAUGAGCGAGGCGAUGAACAGGAGCACAAUAGGACCUUGAUAAAGUUAUUAUGA